GUCCGGGUCCGGACCCCCUUUAAAACAAUCCGCCUGUCAAGUAAAGAGCGGUAGAGAAAAACCCAGCCCACAAUUUCUGGGGUCCGGGGAUGUGUCAUUUUCCUGAGUUAAUUUCAAUAACGUGAAACACGAACACCUUAUUUUUCUGUACCGAGUCGAAACGAUUAAUAUAAGAACCAUCGGGUGGACUUAUUUUUAAACAGAGCAAAGAAAGGCUCCGAAUUCCAUAAACAAUGGCCGCCACGUUGAAGCCUUAUCUGACAGCGGUACGGCGUACAUUAACCGCCGCCAUGUGCUUGGAAAAUUUCUCUUCUCAGGAUGUGGAGCGUCACAAUAAGCCAGAGGUUGAGGUGAUGUCGAGCAAAGAAUUACUUCUCACACCAGUUCUAAUUAGCAGAAAUGACAAAGAAAGAGUAUUGAUUGAGUCAAGUAUAAACAGUGUACGAGUCAGCAUAUCUGUAAAACAAGCUGAUGAAAUUGAAAAAAUAUUGUGCCACAAAUUCAUGAGGUUCAUGAUGAUGAGAGCUGAAAACUUUGUAAUACUCAGGAGAAAACCCAUGGAGGGUUACGACAUUAGUUUUCUAAUCACAAACUUCCACACGGAGCAAAUGUUCAAACAUAAGUUGGUUGAUUUUGUCAUUCACUUUAUGGAGGAGAUCGAUAAGGAAAUUAGUGAAAUGAAGCUGUCCGUGAAUGCAAGAGCCAGGAUUUGCGCUGAAGAAUUUUUGAAAAAGUUUUAGCCUGGCAAGAAAAUUACCAAGAGAUUCACAGCCAGCGAUAAUUCAAGACAUCAUGCAAUGGGUCUAAGUCGUGCGAAAACGCUCAAAACAUUCAAAGAAAUUACAUAUAACACCACCAUUCAUUCACUCCGCCGUUCACCCCUAAAUCCACAAUUUUUAUAGAUUCACUUCGGGUCUUCGGAGUGUCAUGUUGUCUUCUUUUUCCAUACAUAUUUUAUUUUAUUUUUAAAUUCUUUUUACUACCCGCUGUUAGUGCGUGACUGAUCCUGAAGUGCGCACCAUAAAAAUAAAAAUAUACCUAAAAUGUAUUAUAAAUAAUUAUUGUAAUAAAUGAAUAAAUAUCGAUUAUAGAAAAAAUUA